GCAUGCACGUCCACACUUUUCUGCGGGAUCAACAAGGCUCCACUUUUCCAGCCCAGAGACACCUAUUUUAGCUGUAAACUGCAGCAGGUCUUAUGUCACGCCGUUUUGGGUUCCAGAUUGCACUCAACACGAACAUGUGACCGGUCUGGGCAAUCACAUGGCCGCAGUGGCUUGCUUCAUGAUCCGCUUUAGUUUUUUAAAAGUCCGGUGAUCGGUAGCUCCCGCAGCAGCUCGGCGACCAUCGGGGGCAGAGGAGCGCUGGAAAACACAGCGCCUACCCGGACGGAUCAUGGCGAACAGCGGGCAGAAAGUUGUGCUGAUCACCGGCUGCUCCUCGGGCAUCGGGUUACGAAUCGCCGUCACGCUGGCCAAAGAUGAAAAGAAGCGUUACCAUGUCAUCGCCACCAUGCGAGACCUAAAGAAGAAGGAUAAGCUUGUGGAAGCAGCUGGAGAUGCAUACGGGAAGACCCUGAUGUUGCUGCCACUAGAUGUGUGCAGCGAGGAAUCUGUCAAGGAGUGCAUCAACAACGUAAAGGACCGCCACAUUGAUAUUCUGAUCAACAAUGCCGGCGUGGGCUUGCUUGGACCCGUGGAGAGCAUCAGCAUCGACGAGAUGAAAGGAGUUUUUGACACCAACUUCUUUGGUGUGGUACGCAUGAUCAAAGAAGUGAUGCCAGACAUGAAGAAGAGGCGUUCAGGACACAUCGUGGUCAUGAGCAGCGUCAUGGGUCUCCAGGGAGUGGUGUUCAAUGAUGUUUACACAGCCUCGAAGUUUGCAAUGGAAGGCUUCUGUGAGAGUAUGGCUGUGCAGCUGAUGAAGUUCAAUAUCCGGUUGUCCAUGAUUGAACCUGGCCCUGUGCACACUGAGUUUGAGACAAAAAUGAUGGAAGACGUGGCUAAGAUGGAUUUCCCGGGAGUCGAUGCAGACACAGUUCGAUAUUUUAAAGACGUUUACCUUCCAUCUUCCAUAGAUAUAUUUGAAGCCAUGGGCCAGACUCCAGAGGACAUAGCUAAAUGCACUAAGAUGGUUAUAGAGUCGGAGAGGCCUCGCUUCAGGAAUCUGACCAACAGCCUCUACACACCCAUUGUGGCCUUAAAAUACGCAGACGAGACCGGCGGCCUGUCUGUGAACACCUUCUACAACCUGCUUUUCAAUUUUGGCCCUCUCAUGCACAUCACCAUGAGCAUCCUGAAGUGCCUGACGUGUAGCUGCCUGCGCAGACGCACCAUCUCUCCCAACUGAAUCCACUGUUCAGUUGUGUCCUCUGCCCUCACCCCUAGAUGUCUAUAUUUGAGUUUCUGUGCCGAGAAGGUAAUGUAGAACAUGAAGCUCAAAGUGAGGGGGCUACUUUUAGUUCUAAGACACUACUAUGAUAAGCUUUGACAGACGAUGCGCGCAAUUGCACAAGUUUUCUUCUGAGGAGAUGGCGAAUCCAGGGCGCCCUAAGUAGAAAGGCAUAUGUCACACAACAGCAAUACAAACAACACAAACAUUGGCUUAUUGUAAAAAUUUUCAUGAAAAAAGCCAUAUUUUACUGAUUUCUUAAAACGAGGAGCUCAGAGGAAAUGAUUAAAAAAACAUGAGGUAUAAAUCUUAUGGACUAAUGCAAAAGCACAAAAACUGAACUCAGUUAAUAUGUGAAACAAUAAAAUUAUAAGAAAGAGCGGGUUAGCGAUAACUUGCAGCCAGGAUAACUUUAUGCUAAAACUCAGAGUUGUUGUGUUUUUAACAGAGUCAGAAUAAACAAAUAUGCUUUUAAUGUAUUGUGUCUGUAAUUCUAUGUUUGCUUUAUUGUAGUGUUCUUGUGGUCAUAACUGCUGUUUGAUCAUGUUUUUAAUCUUUUUGGUAAAUUGAAUGUUUGUUUUUUGUUUGUUCUGUUUUAAAAGUACAAAAAAGGUCUAAGCUGAAUUCUUUUUUUUCUAAUUUUAAGGUUGAUUUUUAAAAUAAACAGUGUUCUGACUCACCCCAUUAGGUUUUUUUUUUUUUUUUAGGUUACAAACUAAAAGGUAAAGCUGUGUUUAAUUCAGGCUGAAGGACAUAUGUUGUACCAAUAGGGGGCAGUAUUUUACUGUUUAACUGUCACUGACGGAAUUUAUAAACUGUCAAUUGUCUUAUUAUAUGUUUGAAUUAUAUGUACUUGUUUCA